AUGAAUGAACUAGAUAGCUUACGUCAAGAGGCUGAAACUCUUAAAAAUUGCAUUAGAGAUGCCAGAAAAGCAGCAUGCGACACAACUUUGGUUCAAGCAACAGCCAACAUGGAACCCAUCGGAAGAAUACAAAUGAGAACGAGAAGAACACUAAGAGGACAUCUUGCUAAAAUAUAUGCAAUGCACUGGGGUUCUGACUCGAAUUCCGGAUCGAGAAAUUUGGUGUCUGCAUCUCAAGAUGGUAAACUCAUAGUUUGGGACAGUUACACGACUAAUAAAGUCCAUGCCAUACCAUUGAGGUCGAGUUGGGUUAUGACUUGUGCUUAUGCUCCCAGCGGAUCAUUUGUCGCCUGCGGAGGCUUGGAUAAUAUAUGUUCAAUUUACAGCUUAAAAACUAGGGAGGGCAAUGUCAGAGUUUCAAGAGAAUUACCUGGUCACACGGGUUAUUUGUCUUGUUGUCGUUUCUUAGAUGACAACCAAAUUGUAACUAGCUCUGGAGAUAUGACAUGUGCCCUUUGGGACAUUGAAACAGGUCAACAAUGUACCUCUUUCACGGGGCACACGGGUGACGUUAUGAGUUUAUCUCUGUCUCCCGAUAUGCGCACAUUUGUAUCAGGCGCGUGCGAUGCUUCGGCUAAACUUUGGGACAUCCGUGAGGGAUGUUGCAAGCAAACAUUUCCCGGUCACGAAUCCGAUAUAAACGCGAUUGCAUUUUUUCCAAACGGUCAAGCAUUUGCGACAGGUUCAGAUGAUGCCACGUGCAGAUUGUUCGAUAUUAGAGCCGAUCAAGAAUUAUCAAUGUAUUCUCACGAUAAUAUUAUUUGCGGCAUAACAUCCGUGGCAUUUAGCAAAUCCGGCCGUCUUCUUUUAGCCGGUUACGAUGAUUUCAAUUGCAACGUUUGGGAUUCAAUAAAAAGUGAAAGGGCGGGGAUAUUGGCGGGUCACGAUAAUCGCGUGAGCUGUCUCGGAGUCACUGAUGACGGUAUGGCCGUUGCAACCGGGUCCUGGGAUUCAUUCCUAAGAAUCUGGAAUUAA